CUCUUCCCUCCCCCCAGGAGCAGGGUAGCACGGCCACCCUAGUGUGCGACAUUGUGUUGGCCUUUGUCGAUUCCUGCAUCGUCUGGUGGAUCCUCAUCAGCCUGGUGCAGACCAUGAAGCUGUUGAAGCUACGGCGCAACACGGUGAAGCUCUUCUUGUUUCGCCACUUCACCAACACCCUCAUCUUCGCUGUGAUCGCUUCCGUCAUCUUCAUUGUGUGGACCACCAAGACCUUUCGGCUCUCCAAGUGCCAGUCGGACUGGCGGGAGCUGUGGAUCGAUGACGCCUUCUGGAGGUUCCUCUUCUCCAUCAUCCUCCUGGUGAUCAUGUUCCUGUGGAGGCCCUCGGCCAACAACCAAAGAUACGCGUUUGUACCUCUGGUGGAUGAAGGGAGUGAGGAAGAGGACGAGGAAGAGGAGCACAUGGUGAACGAGGCCUUCGAAGGGAUGAAGAUGAGGGGUGCAAAAAAUGAACCCAAUGGGAUCCUCAAAGGCAACAGAGUGGAUGAAGAUUUGAAGUGGGUGGAGGAAAACAUCCCGUCAUCGAUGGCCGACGUCGUGCUGCCCCCUUUGCUGGACUCCGACGAGGAAAUAGUGACCACGAAGUUUGAGAUGUCCAAGAUGGAGUGAGGCAGGAAUCGGCACACUGCGCUGCAGGACAGGCCUGGCUUCCCUCGGCGGCCCGCCGGCGAAGGAGCGCUGCUGGGGGGUUUCUUUUAAUAUAUAUAUUUGUAUAUGGUUAAAAGAUUAUUUUAUUACC